GGAGGCAACGCUGUACAUCUCAGUCCAUCAUCUCCUCUCCGAGACAGGCAGACUCCCUGAGCAACCAUCACAACAGCAACCAUGUCGAUGAGAAGCGGCACCAUAAAAAGCUCUUUUUCUGGGCGCUCCUAUGCAAGUGGAGGACUGGGUGGAGGCGGUUCAGUGCGUAGGGGAUAUGCUUCAAGUGUGUAUGGUGGUGCAGGGGGCUCUGGAGCAAGAAUCUCUUCCUCCAGCCUUUUCAGCUCAGGAGGUGGUGCAGGUGGUUAUGGUUUUGGCAUGGGAGGGGGAGGGAGCUCAGGCUUUGGGGUAGGUGAUGGCGUUGACAUCCAUGUGGGGGCCAACGAGAAGGCCACCAUGCAGAACCUGAACGACCGUCUGGCCACCUACCUGGAUAAGGUGCGCAACCUUGAGAAGGCCAAUGCCGAGCUGGAACUCAAGAUCCGCCAGUUCUUGGAGAGUAAGACCUCCCCCGGUGCCCGUGACUACUCAGCUUUUGAGGCCACCAUUGCUGACCUGCAGGGAAAGAUCCAGGAUGCCACCCGUAUCAAUGGAGGAAUCUAUCUGGCAAUUGACAAUGCAAAACUGGCAGCAGACGACUUCAGAACCAAGUAUGAGAAUGAGCUAGCUAUGCGUCAGUCAGUUGAGGCAGAUAUCGCUGGUCUAAAGAAACUGUUGGAUGAGCUGACACUGUCCAGAUCAGACCUGGAGAUGCAGAUAGAAGGCCUCAGGGAGGAGCUGAUCUUCCUCAGAAAGAACCAUGAGGAGGAAAUUGCAGCCAUGAGGUCACAGAUGACCGGACAGAUUAACGUGGAGGUGGAUGCAAAACCACAGGUAGACCUGAGCGUCAUCAUGGCUGAGAUCCGUGAGCAGUAUGAGAAUGUGGCUGCCAAGAACCAGAAAGAGCUGGAAAGCUGGUUCCAGACAAAGACAGAGGCGCUGAACAAGGAGGUGGCUGUGAGCACAGAAACUCUGCAGACCUCCAAAUCCCAGAUCUCAGAGAUCCGUCGCACACUGCAGGGUCUGGAGAUCGAGCUACAGUCCCAGCUUAGCAUGAAAGCAGCCCUGGAAGGCACUUUAGCUGACACAGAGGCACGAUACUCCAUGCAGCUCCAAAGCCUCCAGAUGCAGGUGACGAGCAUGGAAGAACAAUUGAUGCAGUUGCGUGCUGACAUGGAAAACCAGAGCCAAGAGUACAGAAUGCUGCUCGACAUCAAAGCUCGUCUGGAGAUGGAAAUUGCAGAAUACAGGAGGCUGCUGGACGGAGAGGGCAGCAUUGCCAGCUCAAUGACCAUCGGCGGAAAGUCCAGCACCAAGGUGAUAGUGGUCACAGAGGAACUGAAGGACGGCAAGGUGGUGUCCUCCACCACCACAACCUCAUAAUCUGUCUCACACAGCAAACACAACACAAGGGAGCAACACCUGAUGGCCAAAGCACAACAUUUGAAUCCAGUACUUCCAUCACACAUGUGAAUGCAAUAAAAGGCUCUCUGUUUGCUGACUACUA